ACUCCAAGCAUUACAGCAAGCAAUCAAGCAAAAUGCGCAGCUAUCAACUGACUUUGAUUUUCGCCAUGGCCUUUCUGUGGGCGGUGGCCAGUGGUACCACCCGACCGUCGACCACCCGGCGCCCGGCGGUCACCACCACUCGGACGAUCCCCUGGAACUGUCCGCUCUUCCCGGAUGUCUGCUCGAGGAACAGCCCUAAGGUCUGCGGUAGGACUCCGAGGGGCGAGUGCCAGCGGUUCGAAAACAUCUGCCACUUGAUGCUGGCGCAUCGGCUCCAGUGGCCCGCGGGGGUGAGGCACACCCGGGACCUUGACUGCCGCAACGUGCGCGGGGACGGCCCCGCCCACCGCCGCCCCUGCUACGAAGCCUGCCCCCCGCGGCCCGUCGUCUGCAAGAGGUCGCCCCCGAACCAGCACAUCUGCGUGCGCAGCAGGAACAACAGGCAGCAGUGCAAGGUGCUGGCCAACAAGUGCCAGUUGCGCAACCAGAACUGCCACAGCCAGCCCAAGAACAACUGGCUCCGCACCGACAAGAGGCGCUGUGGCCAGCUGCAAUUGGGCGACAAGCCGCAGGACUGCCUGAGGUUGCCUAGGCGCAACACCGCUCGUACCACGCUACGCACCACCACCCCCCGCACCACCACUGCCAGGGCGGUCUAAGGGAUCAAGGACAUCCGCUUUCCCUGUGAGCGCCAACACAUCUCUCAAUUUUUUUUUAACUUCCCCAUUAAAGUGUGCAAUAAAUUGAAAAUAAACUAGAAGGCAUAUA